GCGCGGUUCAAAGCGGCGCUGGCGGCCCCGCGCUCUCGUCUGUGUCCGCGUCCCCAUCCCGCCAUGGCUUCCUUCGGCUCCCAGGGCGGCGGCACCAAGAAGGAGGAGAAGGGCAAGAACAUCCAGGUGGUGGUGCGGUGCAGGCCUUUUAAUGCCUCAGAACUUAAAGUGAGCUCCUACGCUGUCGUAGACUGUGACCAAGCAAGAAAGGAAGUCAGUGUCCGCACCGGAGGAGUGACAGAUAAGACAUCAAGAAAGACUUACACAUUUGAUAUGGUUUUUGGAGCUCAGGCAAAGCAGAUUGAUGUAUACCGGAGUGUCGUGUGUCCCAUCUUGGAUGAAGUCAUUAUGGGCUACAACUGUACAGUGUUUGCUUAUGGCCAAACUGGUACUGGUAAGACCUUCACAAUGGAAGGGGAGCGGUCACCCAAUGAAGAAUAUACUUGGGAAGAGGAUCCACUAGCGGGUAUCAUACCUCGUACAUUGCAUCAAAUAUUUGAAAAACUCACAGAGAAUGGUACCGAGUUUUCAGUGAAAGUCUCUCUUUUGGAAAUCUAUAAUGAGGAGCUCUUUGAUCUUCUGAAUCCUACUCCUGAUGUUGGAGAAAGACUGCAGAUGUUUGAUGAUCCUCGAAACAAGAGGGGUGUAAUUAUUAAAGGCUUGGAAGAAGUAACUGUACACAACAAAAAUCAAGUUUACCAAAUCCUGGAAAGGGGUGCAGCCAAAAGAACAACUGCAGCUACUUACAUGAACGCAUAUUCCAGCCGUUCCCACUCAGUGUUUUCAAUUACCAUCCAUAUGAAAGAAACAACGGUGGAUGGAGAAGAACUUGUGAAAAUUGGAAAGCUAAACUUGGUUGAUCUUGCAGGAAGUGAAAACAUUGGUCGAUCUGGGGCUGUUGACAAAAGAGCUCGUGAAGCUGGAAAUAUCAACCAAUCCCUGCUGACACUAGGAAGAGUUAUUACUGCUCUAGUGGAAAGAGCCCCUCAUAUUCCAUACAGGGAAUCUAAACUCACAAGAAUCCUUCAAGACUCUCUCGGAGGACGGACAAAAACAUCAAUAAUUGCCACAAUUUCACCUGCAUCUGUAAAUCUUGAGGAAACAUUGAGUACACUGGAAUACGCCCAUAGAGCAAAGAACAUCAUGAACAAGCCUGAAGUUAAUCAGAAGCUAACAAAAAAAGCUCUUAUUAAGGAAUACACUGAAGAGAUUGAGCGUCUGAAGCGAGACCUUGCUGCUGCUCGAGAGAAAAAUGGAAUCUAUAUUUCUGUGGAAAACUAUGAAGCCCUUAAUGGAAAGCUGACGGUUCAGGAAGAACAAAUUACAGAGUAUAUUGACAAAAUCAGUGUCAUGGAGGAAGAAGUGAAAAGGGUCACUGAACUAUUCAGAGUCAGUAAAAAUGAACUCGAACAGUGUAAAUCAGAUUUGCAAAUCAAGGAGAAAGAACUGGAAGAAACACAAAAAGAUCUGCAAGAAACCAAGGUUCAACUGGCUGAAGAAGAAUAUGUGGCUUCAGUUUUGGAAAAUAAUGAACAAAAACUUCAUGGCACAGCUAGCAAGUUACUAAGUACAGUUGAAGAAACUACAAAAGAUGUAUCUGGGCUCCAUGCGAAGCUGGACCGUAAGAAGGCUGUUGAUCAGCACAAUGCUGUCGUCCAAAAUACAUUUGCAGGACAAAUGAAUGCUUUGUUCAGCAAAAUACAAGAUUCAAUUACUGAAAACAGUUUGAAGCAGCAACAGAUGUUGACAUCUUACACAAGUUUUAUAGGUGACCUCCUGUCUACCAGUUCUUCUACAGCAGAUAUCCUUGCAUCAGUUGUAUCAGCAUCUUUUGCCUCUCUUAAAGAAUUGGUGUCUACUGAAGUUUCUCACAUGUCUGAAAAAAUAACACAGCAUGAGAAUCUAUCACUUGAUUGUAAAGUGGAGCUGCUGAGAUUAAUUGAGGAGCACAAAACUGGAUUAGGAAGAGCGGUAAAUAGCUUGACACCAAUGGUAGAAUUUGUCUUGGGGUUAAACUGUCAGUUCCAGAGUAACAUGAAGAAAUAUUCUGCUGUGGCUGACCAGAUGGAGGGCCAUAAAAAGGAAAUGGACACCUUCUUUGGAGAUCUUUUUCUCACUCUGAAAAAAAUACAGGAAGAAACAGCCGGUGGUUUUGCUCAGCUCCAGUAUAAUUGUGACAGUUUAAAAGAAGAAGUGGAAAUGACGAGGUUGGCACAUAAAAAGAGUGCAGCCAAAUUGAUGUCUUUACUGCAAAGCCAGCUUGACCUGUUUGCUCAGGAGACUCAGAAGAACUUCACUGAUGUACUCACGAAAAAUGGAAGCCUGAAGACCACCAUCACUGCUAUGCAAGAAAGUGUUCACCUGAAAACUACAGACCUAGUCAGCAAUACAAAUUCCAAUCACAGCAAAUUUACUGCAUCUCUGGAUAAUUUCUCUCAAGAGCUCAGGAGCAUAAAUGCUGAAAACAAGACAAUGCUGGAAGAAUCCAAUGACCACUGUCAACAUCUUCUCAGCAAUCUCAAAAAUGUGUCUCAGGAUACCAAUACAUGGGGUGAAUUUACAACUGCUCAGAUGGUCAACUUUACUAAUCAGCAGCUAUUGUCAUUCCAGGAUGAGAAACAGCAAUUUCAGCAUUUACAAAAGAAAAAUGAAGAAAACUGUGAUAAAGCAGUAGCUGAAAUCACUGACCACAUUGGCAGACAAAAGGCAGCUGGGGGGAAGGUGCUAAAUGGCCUUCUGGAUCAGAUAAAGGUCGAUCAGGAGAUACUUGUGGAGCAGAAGCUGGCACUUAAGGAAGAAGUACAGCAUGGACUCACUCAGGUCAAUGGUUUCCUGCAAGAGGAUCUCAAAGUGGAUGUUCCAACAGGCACAACUCCACAGAGAAAAGACUACUUGUAUCCAGUCACACUUGUGAGAACAGAGCCCCGGGAACUACUUCUGGAACAAUUAAGGCAAAAGCAACCAAAUCUUGAUGCUAUGCUAAGCAGUGUGGUAAAGGAGGUGGAGAAUAAUGCAGGUCAGGACCUGUUGGAAGAGGAAGGAGAGUUGCAAGAACCCAGUGAAAGCCUUGCCAGUGACAAAUACUUAAUGGAUACAAGUAUAUAUUGCCACACAAAUGGUGGCAUUCCUUUUUUCCAGCACAAAAGAAGUCUCAAAAAGGGUAAAGAGAACAAAUCUGCAGCUACAGUGGAGAACAAAGUGGAGGAUAUGGCAGAAGAGUUUCUUCAGAAAUCUAAGCAUCCCUUAAGAUUGCUGAACUAAGAUAUAGCCUCUGCAGAUCCCUGGUUUUAAAUAUUUCUUUCUUACUGAGCCAUAACUUUCUUUGGUUGUUCUUGGUGUCUUGAUAUAGUGAUGCAAAGUUAAAUCAAAAUAUUUCCCUGCCCAAUCUCAUGCCUUGGCCCCAUUUUUAUGUCGCAGCUUGUGAAGUUUUAAGGAAAAAAAAAAAAAACAACCUACAGAUUAUGGUGCUGUUAUGUGUAUGUUAUCAAAUAAGAUUUUUUUUUGUUUCUUCGUAGAUUUAAAAUACUAGAAAGGGAUGUGGAAAUAUGCUUUGUCAGCAUUAUGAGUUACCAUUUUAUGUAUUAAUUAGCUGUAAAUAAGUGUUCUGGUUUUAUACCUGCUUUUUAUUCCAGUUCCCCUCUUUUUACUGUGAUACUUCAAAUAAAUUAAUACAUGGAAACCAAAUGUACAAGCACAUCACUCGGCGUAAAACAGACUUACUGAACUUUCUUAUGAUGCCAGGUUUAAGUUAACUGAAACAUUAUCAGUUUUGUCAUAAGUCUUGUGCUGUCAGAAGAGGAUUGUUUGCUUCCUUGUUUCACAAGAGACAGUAGCUUUAUUUCAGUGCCUCUUCAUUCUGUGAAAUCUCAUUGCUGGGUCUUGGGCUUUUUGUUUGUUUGAACCCCACUGUUCUUCCUCUGAACUUGCAGAUGUGAGGUGAUGGUUGGGACACAAUAUAUAUCAGGUUCUGUAUCAUAGACUGGCGUUUCUUUAAGAUCUAGGCUUCUUUACAUUAAAACAUGUCAACUUGGUU